AUGCUUCUCCAAAGCGUCUUCGCUCUGGGUCUCGCCACCACCGCUCGUCUUGUCUCAGCAGGACCAUGCGACAUCUACAAGUCCGGCGGAACACCCUGCAUCGCCGCUCAUAGCACUACCCGCGCCCUCUUUGACAGCUAUACCGGCGGUCUCUACCAGAUCAAGCGCGCCUCAGACGGAGCCCUCACCGACAUCAAGCCUGUCUCCGCAGGCGGUGUCGCAGCUUCUUCUGCCCAAGACUCCUUCUGCAGCGGCACAACGUGUCUCAUCACCAUCAUCUAUGAUCAGUCUGGCCGGAGCAACCAUUUGACCCAGGCUCCUCCUGGUGGCUUUAAUGGCCCCGAUGUGAAUGGCUAUGAUAACCUUGCCGCUGCUGAUGGUGCACCUGUUACGCUCAACGGCAAGAAGGCUUACGGAGUGUUUAUCUCUCCUGGUACCGGCUAUCGUAACAACCAAGUUGACGGUUCUGCCACUGGCGAUGAACCCGAGGGUAUGUAUGCUGUUCUCGACGGAACGCAUUACAACGGUGCCUGCUGCUUCGACUACGGCAAUGCGGAGACCAACAGCAAGGAUACUGGCAAUGGACACAUGGAAGCUAUCUACUUCGGCGACAACACCGUCUGGGGCUCUGGUUCCGGCAGCGGCCCUUGGAUCAUGGCUGAUCUUGAGAACGGUCUCUUCUCUGGACAGGGCGCCAAGCAAAACACUGCGAACCCAAGUAUCUCCAACCGUUUCACCAGUGCUGUCGUCAAGGGCAAGCCCGGCACGUGGGCCAUCCGUGGUGGAAAUGCCGCCUCGGGUUCACUAUCGACUUUCUACAGCGGUGCGCGCCCUGAUGGUGGAUACAACCCCAUGAGCAAAGAAGGCGCAAUCAUUCUCGGCAUUGGCGGUGAUAACAGCAAUGGAGCCCAAGGAACUUUCUACGAAGGAGUAAUGACUAGCGGAUACCCUUCUGAUGCGACCGAGAACUCGGUGCAGGCCAACAUCGUCGCGGCCAAAUACGCCACCACAUCUUUGACAAGCGGAACCGCCCUCACCGUCGGAUCCUCUGUCACCCUCAAAGUCACUACCUCUGGCUACACCGACCGCGUCCUCGCACACAGCUCCUCCAACGUCAACACCCAAGUGAUCUCCAGCUCCAGCUCCACCGCCCUCAAGCAGUCAGCAAGCUGGACCGUCCGCACCGGUCUCGCCAACAGCGGCUGUGUAUCCUUCGAGUCUAAAGAUACUCCUGGUAGUUACAUUCGCCACUCUGGCUUCCAGCUGUACGUGAACAAGAGUGACGGAAGCAAGAUCUUCAAUGAGGAUGCUACUUUCUGCCCCCAGAAGGGUAUCAGCGGAACAGGAAGUUCGUUCCGAUCAUGGAGCUAUCCGACCAGGUACAUUCGCCACUACAACAACGUUGGGUACGCUGCUUCAAAUGGUGGUGUUCAUGACUUUGAUUCUGCCAACAGCUUUGUCAAUGAUGUUAGCUUUGUUGUUGCCACUGGCUUUGCUUAG